AAAAAUGCAGAUGCUGCCAUCCAUGUCCAAGUUAUGUACGUCUACGGUCCGUCCUGUGGCGGCCGCCUUCUCCACCGGGACUACACGUCAGCAUCAUAGCUCGGGGCGGUCACGACAGCAGCAUCAUCGUCAUGGGGGCAGCGGUGGAAAAACCAACGGUGGCGGGAGAUGGUCUAGAUAUGGAAAAAGUGCAGCGACCGGCGGAACUACAGUACUCGCUCUCUCAUGGAUGACAACUAUCAAGGAUGUGUUGGGCAUUGAGAAGGUGCAGCUGGAUGCUGAUCCAUUGAAAGAGAAGGUUAAACAGUCUUGGCUUUACCGGAAACGACGCCAGUACGACGAUGCAAUUCAAGUACUACAACUGGCACUAGAGGAGGCUGAAGAGCGGAAAGAAGAUAUGCCAAUCACACGAGUCUACGAUGAAAUGGCCAAUACUUUUUACGAGAAAAUGAAUUUGGACGAAGCCGAUAAAUAUUUUCGAAUUGUAAUUCAGCGCCUCGUUCAGCUUCACGGAAAAAAAGAUUUUGACCCGGAGUUUAUCGGAGUUUCUCUGAAACUUGCCGACAUCUUGGCACAUCGAGGUGAUCUCGAAAGCGCGGAAAGUGGUUUCAAGCAUUGUGUGAGAAGACAAAUGAAGGUUAUGGAAGAGCAUAUGAAAAAGUUUAGUGUUGCUCACGGAGCUCUUGUCGAAGACCGACACACUGUCGAUACGUUUGGACCAAUGUACACCGACCCGAUUGCACUUUUUGGAAUGACGUUAGAAGCGUACGCGAAUUUUUUGAUUAAUUAUUGCGGAGAGACCCGGAUGGCAGAAGUUGAAGAAUAUAUUGAUGAAGUCAUGAAGAUAUCGUAUCAAAUCUACGGAGCCAGCUCGGCACAUACAAUAAAUAUGCUCAAUAACUUUGGAGCAACGUUAGUGCUCAAAAAUCGAUUCGAAUUAGCAAAAAAAUACCUAGCAAUCGGUGUGGAUCGUAUUCUCUACGUGAACGAGUGUGCUCACAUGCUCCCUGGAUAUUAUUGCAAUUAUGCCGAGUCAUUAUUUCAUACUGGGCAAAAGAAUGAAGCCCUGGAAUUCGCACGGAAAGCUGUCCAAAUGAGCCGGAGUGGCGACGAUCGCGUCCGCCAUUACACACAAAACUUUUUGAAUGAUCUCGAGAAGGACAUCAAUAGGGGAAAACCGAAAUCGUGGUGGUUCUUCUGAAUAUAAUUUUUUUUAACUUCCGCUCUGCAAUUUUCAAUUUAAGCCGGUGUAUCUCACAUGUUUGUUUUAGGUUUUUUAAUAUAUAUAUAUAUGUUUUUUGUGUUUCGAAUAUUCGGAAUGCUAGGCUUUUUAGUGCUUGUCUCUGUCGUUCAACAAUAUAUGAAGUUUCAUAUUUUU